AUGACCUUUAAGUCAUGAGAUGCUAUGGUUCGCAUCUUCACACUGCAUGUACGUGUGCUUCUGUAGGGGGGGAGCACUGAGAGGGAGGGGACAAAGAGACAGAAACAGAGACAGAGAUCAGAGAGGAGAUUGGGGGACGCAGUGCAGUAAUAGCAAUGGGCGGACCCAAAUUUCUUCCGCUUUACAGUUUUGCAGAGGUCUAACUCUGCAUCUUAGUGCUGUAGCAAGGGGGUGGGAGAGGAGGAAAGGGGAGGGACUGCACUCCCUCUGAGCAUACCCAGCUUCGACUGCCUGACGGAUCACCUUCCGCUCCAACACAGCCAGUUCCUCCUUGCCGUGACUCAUGCCUAUUGUGCCAGGCAGGGCGCACUCUGCCCUGCAGCCCCACAGGUGGUGUCGACUUGGGGAGACGGUUCCCGCCAGGCUAGGCAGUGGAGCGCCGCACAACGCGCCUUCCCGCCUCUCAGCUGCUGCCCUAGCAGUUCCGACCCAGCGCCAGCAGGCCUGCUCGGUCGAUCUUCGAGCCGAAGAUGCGGCGGGGCUGGAAGAUGGCUCUGUCCGGGGGGCUACGGUGCUGCCGCCGGGUACUUUCCUGGGUGCCAGUGCUCGUUAUCGUCCUCGUCGUGCUCUGGUCCUACUAUGCCUACGUCUUUGAACUCUGCCUGGUGACUGUUUUGAGCCCAGCAGAAAAAGUUAUCUACCUCAUAUUCUAUCAUGCCAUCUUUGUGUUCUUUACCUGGACCUACUGGAAGUCUAUUUUUACACUCCCACAGCAGCCAAGCCAGAAGUUCCACUUGUCCUAUACAGACAAGGAGCGCUAUGAAAAUGAAGAGAGACCUGAGAUCCAGAAGCAGAUGCUCAUUGAUAUGGCCAAGAAGCUACCAGUUUACACAAGAACUGGGAGUGGAGCUGUAAGAUUCUGUGACCGGUGCCAUUUGAUCAAGCCAGAUCGCUGCCACCACUGCUCUGUCUGUGCCAUGUGUGUAUUAAAGAUGGACCACCAUUGUCCUUGGGUUAAUAACUGCAUUGGAUUUUCCAACUACAAAUUCUUCCUUCAGUUCUUAGCUUAUUCUGUUCUCUACUGCCUGUAUAUUGCUACAACAGUCUUCAGCUAUUUCAUCAAAUACUGGAGAGGGGAAUUACCCAGUGUUCGCUCUAAGUUCCAUGUCCUUUUCCUCCUCUUUGUGGCCUGCAUGUUUUUUGUCAGCCUUGUGAUUCUCUUUGGUUACCAUUGUUGGCUUGUCAGCAGAAAUAAAACCACCUUAGAGGCCUUCUGUACUCCUGUGUUUACAAGUGGCCCAGAGAAAAAUGGGUUCAACCUUGGCUUCAUCAAAAAUAUCCAGCAGGUGUUUGGAGAUAAAAAGAAGUUCUGGUUAAUACCUAUUGGGUCCAGCCCUGGUGAUGGACACUCCUUCCCUAUGAGGUCUAUGAAUGAGUCACAGAACCCAUUGCUAGCAAAUGAAGAGCCCUGGGAAGACAAUGAGGAUGACAACCGAGAUUAUGCGGAAGGAACAUCAUCUCUUGCUGUGGAAACAGAAACAUAGCACUUUUCACACUUCCUGCAUCUCUCGAAAAGGACACUUCCAUCUCCCAUGAGGCUUACAGAGUUCAAUGUUGGGAACCAUUCUAAUCUUCAAAAUAAGUCACCACGGUGGAUUGCAAGCUUCACAAUUUGAAAGCAUUCAUCAAAUACUUGCUGUGCAGAUCGAUGUUUCAGGACUUUUCAAGUUAUUUAAUUUAAUAACUGAACUCAACAAUCUGGUAGCAGUUAAUUCAAGCCAGUUGUUCCCUCACCAAAUCUGUGAAAGCCUAAAUGUAACAUACAUAUCUUUCCAGAGGCUUUUCUUCAUUCUACUUGUCAGGUAAAGGGGUAUUCAGAAGACUUCCUUGGAGUCUUUACCUUCCCUAGAAAGACUGUUAAUCAUAUCUAUAGGGUCUUUGCUGUAUUGAGGGGAAUCAGAUUGCUCUUGCUGCUUGUAUACAUGUGCAUUUAUAAGCACGCAUAUGUGCAGCAUAUUUACAUAAAAUUCUGCUGUGGUGGUGUGAAAAUCAAGGUUUGAAAAAUCUGAAAUUUUUAUUCAAUCAUAUUUUCUUCCUAAAUAGCUAAUUUAAAUAUUUGCUAAGCUGUGAACACCUUCCCUAUAAGAGGUGCCUAAAAUUCAAGAGGGAGAUUCAAAACACUGUGAUCAAGGUCCUCGAAUUGGGAAUUGAACAACAAUGUGAAACCUGUUCUCUGUCAUAGAGGUAUGGUGUUCCUGAAAGCACACAGCUAAUACAGACGAUCAGAUUAGAUAAGAUUUCCACUUUAUUUAACAUAAUGAUUGGUAUUUUAAAGACUUUUAAUGCCAAGCUGUGGUAAAAUUCUCCAAUAACUUUUACUUUUUUCUCUGCUACCUAGCUUUAUUUUAACCUUUAUGAAACAAGAACUAUAAGCCUAAGUUAUGGACCAUUGGUUUUGUUAAGGGGUUUAAGGGUGACUUUCAUGUUUAAUUACAAUACUGUUAAUAAGGUAAAGUUUCACAGUUGAAAUUAGCCUAAGGAUUAACACUAAAGAUGUGUGUUUUCACAACAGGGAUUAGUGUACAGAUAGUGGAAACUGAAUAGUAAUAUGUCAAUUCUUUCUCUUUCUCUCUCUCUUUCUUUUUUAGUUUCAGUAGUAGUGUAGCCAUUAAGAUAGUUUACAUCCAUUUCCAAAUUUAUUUAUAAUAAGCCUUUCUUUUAGUCCUAGUGCCUGAAUCAAUGAGUAUGGACACUAAUGCUACUUCUCUAUAAUAAUAAUAAUACCUAAGGGUAUUGACGGUUUUCAUUUCUGUCAGUGCUCUAGAACCCAACUGCUAACAAUAGAAGUCCCAACUCUUACAUAAAUUAGUGAAAGUUAGAGGCAUCUUAUUGAUAGCAAGUUAUUGAGCUCCUAGAGGGAUGCUAUGUUUGUGAAACUAUUCCCCCUGAAACUUUUUGAGUAAAAAAGAGUGGUCUGCCACAAACAAUUCAGUGUUCAGGCCCCAGUGGAGCUGUGAAUGUGAGCAAUCUAGCUACUUAAAGCAAUGAAAGACCUGUUCAUUUGGAUCUUGUAGGUAAUUUUGGUCAAGGUAAGACUUUCAGCAUAAAUUAAAUGGAUUGUAGUCAGCAUUCCAUUUGAGGGAAUAUUAGACAUGACUAAAUCUAUUAGGGCCAGGGACUGUUUCUCAAACUCAGAUGCUGAGAAGCAGCCUAGUAGACUAUGCACACUGAGUUUCAUGAUGAAAUCAUGUAUGUUCAGAUAGGAAGAUUUUUCCCCUUCCUCGUUCCCUUCAAAAUACUCUCUUGCUUGGGUUUAUCUUGAAAGCUUAUUUGAUCAUCCAUACUGUCUUAUGUUUGCCAAGCCUUGCCUUAUAUUCAUAUAGAAAUGCACCUCUCCUAAAGGUAGGGCCGUUGCCUACACCACAGCCAGUAGGCCUCAAAGCAAUCCUUCCCUUUCCCAUCCAUCAUCUUCUGCCUAGGAUUUAGGCAGAGUAGCUGCUAACUAUGAUUCAAAGUCAGGAAGGAAUCAAGAACUUGUUUGAUGAAUAGAGUGUAUUAGCACUCAGGACUCAUAGAAAUCAGGUGAUAAAAGACAGUGUCAGGAAACUACAAAGAAGCACUAGAAGGGUAAAGCUCAGGAAAGCUAUAAUGCAAAGAUGAUUAUUUAAUGUCUUACAGACUUAAACUGUCUUCAAAAGGCCAAAUAAAUCAGGGUUUUACCUGGGGGCUUAGGGAAAUAAAGAAACCCUAUUCCUAUCUCUGAACCCUGAUUCCACUAGUUUACAGACUCUGAUACAACCUCAUUAUAAAUCAUUGAGUAUUGACUUCUGCACCUAAACACCUCCCCAAUUGGUUGACUACUUAUAAAGAAGACAGAGAGGUUUGUUUGAUAAUUAGCAUACCCUGAUCUGGCUCCUUUGCUUGCUUUUCAUUGGUGUUGUGUUCAGUAACCUUUGUGGGAUCUCAUUUCCCAAUCUUUGGUACCUAUCUUUUCCAUUUGCAAAACAAAGACACUCAUUGUUAGGAUCCUACGGGUGAAAGGUGCUAUGUAACUCCCCAGUGCUCUUAUAUAUCCUUCAUUGCAGGACUGGAAUGAAAAGUAUAACCAGACAGUAUUUCUAAACAAAUCAGUGUCCUCCUUUCUUUCUUUCAUGCUCUCAUUGCUGAUUUGUUCUUGCAGAGCUUAGAGUACUUUAUUAAUGUUCCUUCUUUCACUCCAACAAUGUCCUUGGAAAGAGGCAGAAUAGAAUUAUUUUCCCCAUGUAGAACCCAAAAAAUUGAGGGCAGUGAAAGAAAUGAAAUGCUCUCCAAAUGCACAUAGCUGUCUGGGACAGAACUCAGUUGCUGUGUCCAGUGCGCUGCUAGAGUGACUUGUCUUCCUAGUACUGGAAUAACCACAAAGAGGCUUAGAACACUGACAGCAAUUAGGGUGAAACCACAUUGCAGAAGAGUCCUACACUGUCCAGAAUCUGAAAAUAUGAAUUUAUACAUUUCUUAUUUUGUAUGUGAUAGAAAUGUAAUAUGUACCUCUUUCCCUCUCUGGCCCCAUGUAACACAUAUAUUUCAAACUAUGUAGCAUCAGCCAGUGCCAUUAUGUCUUCUGGCUCCCAUAGAGCCCACUCUCAGGGCUAUCUUUGCCAGAGAAAAGAAUGUGCUUCCCCAUGUUUAUGCCAAAUUAUAUGAAGUGUAGACACUGAGGCUAAUGGAGAUAUAAGCACAAUCCUAGCAGGUAUGUUUUAAGAAUAUUGAAUAUACAUUAUUGUAACAUGCAUCUGAAAUUGAACAUGGCCCAAAUCAUAGGAAUGUAACAGUCAUGCAAAGCCUACCCCUUUCACCUCUCAUUUUAUACACACACUACCCCCCAAAGCAGGCUACCUGGUUAUCAGGAGCAAAAAAUUUAAAGGAAUGAGUUUCUGUCCUCUCCUUGUAGAAAAAUGUCCUACAGUCACUGCAAGUGAAAAACUUUCAAUUCUUACAUUCUAGAACUUCUGUUCUCAGAGUAACUAAAGUACUCAGUUGGUGCAAAAGACAUGUUCUGUGCUUCUGUCAGGGUCACAGAAAUUAUGUGAGAAGAUUGUUAGACGUCUCCACAAGUCUCAUGUUCUUAGAAAAUUCAUGAAUUCCAUCCAAUCAGUGGGAAAUGGUUUAUGAGGUAUGAUACAUCUGCAUUGCUUUAACCGUAGCUGUAAUGCACCAUAUUAAAUUAUAGUCUUUUGCAUGUAAGUAUUAUGUAAUAUAAUAAUGAACAGAUGGCUCCUAAUAGCAUGCAAUCCAUGACUGUUUACUUCCCCAAAAGGGCUAGGGCUGUGUCCCCCACAGUGUUCAAAAUUAUUAAAUGUAUUCUUUGUAGCAGCCUGGUAUUUGGCCAUCAGCAGAUUGAGUUAGACAAUGAAUGCAAUAUAUCAGGAAAUAGAUUCUUAAUAGGGAAUGGUGUUAAAGUGAAAAAAUAAGAUAAGAUGCAUUUAAGGAAUAAUGGCUGUCAUCUUGCUGGCUAAAUCAGUAAAGGAAUGCAGCAGGAAAGCUGGUACUGGGUCUUGGUAAUAUACAAAAUGCAUUGGAGAGCCAGAAAAAGAAAAGCACUGGGGACCUUAGUUGUUAAGCUCAAGUUGCCAACUUGCUACAAAUCCUUUUUUUCCACCAAUCUGCUCAUAGUGUAUAUAGUAUUCUUAAAACCAUGUGUCUUGCUACAAAAAUACUCAUAAAUACUGACCAGCUUUAUCUUCCUAUGUCUUUUAUUAAAAGCAUAUGCAUAAAAUUGUCGUUUCUUUUAUAUAUUAUGGUAAUGCUAACGUUGGCAAAGCCUAAAAUUUCAGACAACUUUGAUGGAACUUUCUAUACGUCUUAUUCAUGGGUUUAUAGUGGAGUUAAUUCACUCCCAGGUUGAUUGGUAUGUAUGGUAUGUAUACUCUUCUGUAACAUCUUCCAGACACCCGUACCAUCCCCAUGCUCAGUAUUUCUCUCUUAUGAUCCUAUGUGGAUGUGAGUUGGGAAAUUAGCAGCAAUGGCUUUUAGAACAGUGACUAGUCUAAUGUCACUUAAUCAUGUUCAGUCACUGCUCAGCCUUACACACAUUUAUCUUUCCCUCUGUUAUUGUGGUAAGUAAAAAGAAAAAGAAAGAAUUUGUGUGCCUAAAGGUGAUAUGAACUCUGGUUUGCUUUUUCUUGCACUGAAAACUAUGUUUAUUAUUCUCCAGAUACAUGUCACCUGAAGAAAGAAUAAAUGAUCCUGAGAAAAGAUUAAAGUGGUCCACUUGCUCCUAAGUUAUACAUAACCUUCAGAGAAAUACUUGGAGUGACCCUUAUUAAGUAAGCCUCAAAUAAGGUUCCCUUUAACAGAUGCUCCAUUUGCACAAAAAAUCCUUUUCAGACAGAAUUAGUCAACAAGAAAGCAGAAGUCACUGAAUGUGUAGGGCACUGAAAGCUGAAGUUUGGAACAAUAAUUGCUGACCAUGACUAAAUGAUAAUGGAAAACUUAAAUCACUUCGGGGAGGCCCAACCCAUAGAGGUCAGACUAAAACCAGAAAGAAGUAUUUUAUUCCAGCUAAGCUUAAUUAAAAAUUACUUACUCAAAACAUCUCAGCUGAAAAUCCCAUUUCAUUUAUUCCAAUGCAUAAGCUUUAGUCUGCACCACAAGCACAAUAUAAAAAAUUCAAAUACUAGAAACAAAGGACAACUAAUUUCUAUCUAGAUUGAGAAAAAGGCAUAAAAGAGUAGACUUUUAUACAAGAAUCUUAUUUAGGUAGAGGUUACUAAGGAAAGUCAAGGUAUAGGCAUUUAAAAGGAAGUUUUAUUAUAGAUAUAAAUAUAUACAUAUGAUGAUUUAUGCAGGAAUAUAUAAACAUAGAAAAGUAUUUUCUUCAUGUUAUGAACAACAAAAUUUACAAAUUAAUUUUCUCAUCAUAUGCAGAGACAUUGAAAAUUUAGCUUCUCUUUAAAUAUUAAAAUAUUCACAGUAGUAUAAUGUUUCAAUGUUUAGACUUCCAAGUCUACAAGGGUAGAAAAUUUAUGCUAGUAAAAAGUACAUUUUAAGUAAAUUUUUAUUAAAAGUACUUGAAUAUGUUUCUGGUUUUAACAGAAAUUUCACUCAUAAAUCUUAACUGAAAUAUUUGUACCAAUUUUACAAAGUAACACAGUAGCAGGCCCAGACCCUGACAAUGUUGGUGUUGACUUUAAAAAAUGCACAACAUGAUAGUUGUGAGUUUAGUUUUAUUUGGGGCUCACUGAGGACUAUAACUCAGGAGGCAGCCUCUCAGAUAGCUCUGAGGAACUUCUCUAAAGAGGUAGUGGGAAGGGGAGGGGUCAGUGUAAGUAUAUGAUUUUGGUGAAGGGGGUACAUGCAGUCAAACACACAUUUCAGUAGAAGGUUGCUUCUAGUCACCAAGAGCAGAUGCCUCCAUUAAUGGUUUUAGUACUUUUCUAGGUAUGAGAAGAUGCAAGAAUUUGGGUUCAUAAAACUUCCUCCUGAAAAUAUCUAUCAGAAGGCCUGUUCUGCCUGUUUUUCCCAGAGCACAGAGGGCCUUAUUCCUGAUUUCCAACCUGAACUCCUUUCAGGGUACAUUAAAGGUCAGUAACUGCAGUGUCCUGUGAGUUAAUCCUUGUAGAGCCAGAUGACAAGCAAUAUUCUUUAGUUGGCACAGGCAAGUUCUAAAAUAAAUCUGGCUGUAGCAUAUAAGAAUUUAAAUAAAAAUAAAAUGCAUUUCAUUGUUCAAGGAAAGGAAAAGUUUUACUUUCGGAACAUUAAAAAAUGUAGGUUAUCAAUUAGUCAAAUAUUGUCCUUAAGUUAUGUUUGCCAAUCGACUGUCAUAUCAUAAACUACCCUGGACAAUGAGAAGAGACUUAGAGUAAUGUGUUUCAGAGGGAACCAAUACAAAUGCAAAUCUGAAGUGGCUUCAGAUCACAAGUGUAUGUGUGGCAGCGCUACUGGGUGCUGAGGGUUGAGGGGUCUGUGACAUGUUAAAAAAAACCAAGGGGGAAUAUAGGGGGAAAUAAACCAAGAUGGGAAAAAUUAAAAAUCUCACCCAUUUCUCCUCUUAAUUAACAUUUCCCAUAAACUUUGAAGCCUUCUAUCUUAUACCUACAUAUUUUCAAUAUAUUAAAAUUAUAAUGUUAUUGAGGGAAAAACUAACUUACCUCUUCUAUGUCUAUCCUAUUAGCUGAAUGAUCCAGAGACAACAUCAGAUUUGUAUUUGUCUUUUUUUAAGAUUAAAAAAAAUUCUUAAAUUGAAGUAUAUUCAGUUUAAAAUGUUGUGUCAAUUUCUGGUGUACAGCAUAAUGCUUCAGUCACACAUAAAUAUACAUAUAUUCGUUUUCAUAUUCUUUUCCAUCAUAAGCUACUACAAAAUACCGAAUAUAGUUACCUAUGUUAUACAGAGUAAACUUAUUUACCUAUUUCAUUUA